AUGCAAUCAUCAGCGAUCGAGGAGCUAGCCAGCGCCGUGAAGAUCUGCGGUGAGAGCGGCGAUCUAGCCGCGGCGAGAAAGAUCCACGCGCGGAUCAUCGCGAGUAGCGCCGCCCUGCGCCAAAAUCUCUACCUCUCCAACCUCCUAAUCCAAAUGUAUGGCAAAUGCCGCUGCCCUAGCGACGCCCAACGCGCCUUUGACACCAUCGCGCGGCCCAAUCUCUUCUCCUAUAACAUACUCAUCCAGGCGUACGGCAGCAAUGGCCAGGAGGACCAGGCCCAGCGCGUCUUCGACGCCAUGCCGUACAGGAACGCUGUCUCGUGGAACACCAUGAUCACCCUACAUGCCCAAACUGGGCAUCUAGAACAAGCGAGGAGCUUGCUCGAUAGCGCGGCUGUGGCGGGCGCCGGGAGCCUCGUCGCGACCACAGCAAUGAUCGCGGCCUACGCGCAGGACGGUAAACUCCGCGAAGCGCAGCUACUCUUUGAUCGAUCGCCCGCCAGGAAUCUGUUCGUCUGGAAUGCCAUGAUCCAAGCUCUUGCCGUGAAUGGGCAUUUGGAGAAGGCCAAAGAAAUGCUGCAAUCCAUGCCGGAGCACGACAGCGUCUCUUGGAAUUCGAUGCUGGCACUCCACGCAAGAUUAGGACAGAUCGAUCAGGCAGAGGCGAUCUUCCACCAAAUGCCCUGUCCAAAUCUUGUGUCGCGAAAUGCGAUGAUCGCAACAUAUGCCCAGGCUGGGCACUUGGAGAAAGCAAAAGCUCUCUUUGAUUCAUCCCAGGAGAGAGAUCCAGUGUCGUGGAACACAAUGCUCCAAGCUUAUGCCCAGAACGGGUAUCUCGAUCAAGCGAAGAGCUUCUUCGAUUCGAUGCCCGUGCGAGACACCGUCUCUUGCAACUCGAUCCUGAGCGUGCUCGUCGCAAUGGAUCCCUCGCUAGAUCGAGCCCGAGAGUUCUUUGAAUCAAUGGAUCCCCAGCAGAGGGAUCACGUCUCCUGGAACACGAUGAUCCAGGCAUACGCUCUCUCGGGAAACCUCGACGAGGCAGAGGCACUGCUCGCGCGGAUGGAUCGCCCCAAUAUCGCGACCUUCACUGCGAUCAUCGCGGCUUACUCGCGCCAUGGGCUCGUGGAUCAAGUGGGCGAGAUCCUCCGAUCGCUCCCUCGCUGGGACGUGGUCCUGGGCACGGUGGCAGUGGCAGCGUACACCGAGAAUGGGCGCCUACGCGACGCCAAGCUCACAUUCGAUUCCAUGCCGGAGAUCAGCGUCGUCUCGUGCAACGCGAUGCUCGUCGCCUUAUCGCAGGCCGGGCUCGUCGAAGAGGCCAAGUUUCUCUUUGACAGCGCGCCGGAGAGGGACGUACGGAGCGGGAACACGCUGGUAGGAGCGUACGCGCAGGCGGGCUGUACGGAGGACGCUAGCAAGGCAUUCCAUUGCAUGAAGGAAAGAGAUUCAGCGUCCUGGAACAUACUUCUCACAGCAUUUGCCCAGUCUGGGCAACUUUCAAACGCGUUGGAAAUCUACAAUGAGAUGCCGCAAAGGAGUUUGGUUUCGACAAACGCAAUGGUGGCGGCGUUUUCGCAAGCCGGAGACGUAGUAGCGGCGAAGAGGCUCUUCGAUGGUAUGCUCGAACGAAAUGCCGUCUCCUGGAAUGCGAUGCUUACUGGAUAUGCCCAGAACGGGCAUAACCAGGAAGCUCUAGAGCUCGUGAAGCAAAUGCUGCUUCAUGGCCUCGAGAUCGAUCACGUCGGUGGGCUUUGUUUGCUCGCUGCUUGUAGCGACGUUGGUGUUUUAGCGGCAGCACGGAGUUGCUUCACAUCAAUCUUGAUGGACCACUCGGUGGAUUGGACGAGGGAGCACUACUACUCGAUGGUAAACUUGCUGGGGAGAGUGGGGCUUGUGAGUGAGGCGUCUCAGGUCAUGGCACUGAUCCCUGAGAAGUAUCAAAAUGGGGCUGGGUGGAAGGCAUUGCUCACUGCUUGCAAACUUCAUAGUAAUGCGGCGCAAGGGAGAUUAGUUGCAAGAGAAGCAUUCGUGUUAGAUCCUCAGAGCUCGUCGUCCUAUGCCCUCCUUGCAACAACUUUAUCUUGUUAA